AUGUGCGAUUUAGAAUAUAUAGAUUAUGGCUUUACAGAAUAGGCGAAUUCGUGUGAACUUUUUUAAAUGCCGAAUGAACUUUUAAAAUACGAAGCACAAAGCUAAAUUUGUAGAUUAGCUUACAUUAAAGUACCUUUUGGUAAGCAUAAAAUGAGCAAAGAAACCAAAUAAUAUUUUGAAAAGAAAAUCGAUGAGAAAAAUUGGGAAGCGGAAUUUGUUUUUUAGGGAAAAAACAACAAAGUCAAUAAUGUUAUACUUUAUGAGAAUAAUGGAUAAUUCGAAUUGGAAAACAGCCUUAAUUUACAUUUUGUGCAUGCUGGAUUCGCUAGAAUUGAUUAAACAUUGCCAAAUAAUCCAUUACAGGAUGAAAUAUUUUUGGAUAUUUAAUAUUAAGCUUAAUAAGAAUAUAUUGGGUUGUGGAAUCCGUAAAAUUUUGAUAGACUUUCGGAAGAAGAAGAAGAAUAUGAAGAUGAAAAAUAUUUUUAUUGA